AACUUGAGUAAGUCGAACGGCGAACAAAGACUUAUCUCCCGUUUUUAAAUUGCAAAUCAUAAGAGAAUGUGAUUUCGCACUAUUUUUCGUUCUCCAAUGUGCUGAACUUAAUGCUAAAAUGAGUGUCGUUUGUGCAAUGUGUUUCUGAAAACGAGUGUUCCGGUUUUAUGUAGUAAUAAGAGGCUCGUUUUUGCCUUCCUGCUUCGAACAGUGGUGGGAGAGCGGAUGAAAAUUGUGCAAGAAGUGCAAGUGUAGUCGGGUAGCACAAGCACAGAAGUUCAAGGGUGCAUAAGUGAGGAGGCUGAAAAAAAUGUCCAGUCGUGUACGCAAGCAAAGCGAGCCGAUGAAGGCGUUCGUUCCGGUAAGCUCACUGUUGGUUCGCGGCACUGGCUCCCUGCACAGUACGGCUUCCGGUGGUGGCGGCGGCGGCGGAAUUGGAUACAAAUCGCUUUCCGCUACACUCUCGCCCCCGGUUAGACAUAUUUCACCGGAACAUGCCGUCUCCGGCAAUCGCAGUCCUGGAGCGCUCACUUACAAAGGAAAAGUGUUGACAUUGAAUGAUAAUUCCAUGCGGCGGACGGCGUCCCUCGACGCACUGUAUCUGCGUCCAGCUCCCGCAUGGAAUUUGGCCAUUUCCAACCUGCUCCAACUGGACAAGGCAACCCAAACCGAGGACUCGUUUCUGGAGCGCACACGGGGCAGCACAUGGAUUGCCAAUAGUACCGGCAAUGCUGCUGUUGGUCCCUCGGUGGAUACCUCACCGAUCAUCACUCGCACCGAGGUGACUACACCGACUGAUUUAAAAGUGAUAAGACAAAGACUGCAACGCACACAUCGUGGUGAACAUUCAGUCAGUUCCCAGACGCUGAGUCCGAAUCAUGCUAAGGCGAGCCCAGUUUUGAUACCUCCACGUACCUGUCCACCUAUUCACAUGCGACCAAUGCGAAAUUCUGUAGAAGGAUUAAAUCAAGAGAUAGAAAAACUGGUCCUCUACACAGGUCAGUCCCAUACAUGCCGGUCUGAUCUAGAAAUGUAUUCUCGUAGUACACCGGAGGGACACCGCGCGCCGUUGGCUGAUUUGUUUCAUGCUACUGGCGGAGGCUCGUCUGCGCUGGCGAGCGAUACGAGGUCGGUCAAUACUCAGACACCCUUGGGUGACACACUAUCCUCGGAUGAUGGAAGCCAAAGCACAUCGCCCGACGAGGGUACCGCUGCAACGAGUGCAUCUCCUAGGAUCAAUAAAUUCUUGGCUCGUGAACCGCCAGAUGGUUGUGAAAAGGUGAAUCUUAGACUGACGGAAGCCGAUACUAGUACAAACACGACCCACUUCAAACCGUGCGUCGCUUUCCAGCUGAGGCCAUCGCUCGGAUCUGCAUUUCAGCCGUUGCAACCGCUGCCGACUCUGAAGACUACACCGGAAGACGACGAUGGUAACGCAGAAGAUACCGAAAUCGAAGACCCCCCGUCGACGGAACCUGGCAAUGCAAAUUAGGCAAUUCUACGAGCAGCACGAAAUCCAAGGCACCCCGAUUUUCUUGGUUAGUGUGCGCAUUUGUGUGCGCCACUAACACGGUAGGUACAACCAAAAUGUCGAUUCAAUAUCAUUUUAUAAACGAAAACUAAACCAGUUGAUCUGUCGAUUGCAAACCACAAAACCAAAAGAGCAGCGGAAAAAUUAAAUCCCCUAUCUAGUUCCCCGCAAUUAACGUAGUCGCUUCGUACAUAUUAGGAUGGCAACCCAAAAUUUGUGUUUUGUAAAUACGUUUUCGUUCACGAUAAGAUUUUCAAUGAGAACUUUUUGUUCAUGAUUUCACACUCUCAACCCUUCAGUUUGUAGUUCUUUACGCCAGUUUUCGAAAGACGACGUUGUAUGUAAAUAAAUCAUGAUGAGAAGAGAACAGAAUACAGCUCGAAAUUACAGCGAGAAGAACAAAAUAUACAAAUUUUGAACGCCAGAUUUUGAAAGGCAGUUUUUUAUUGAAAACAAAAUAAUUAGAUCGAAUGACAUCUAUCAGGUACAGAAAAGUAAUAAAACUAGUGCGACAGCGCAACACACAGAUACAGAGGUGGAAAGUACGGUAAAACUUUACAUAACUAUUAUCUUGGUACCGCUUUAGUAUAUCAUCGUAGACUUGCAUGGCCGAGUAAACACUCUUUAGAGUCGAAUGCGGCGCAUAGCAGCUGCGCUGGGACAGGGAAUGGAUAUAAUUUUUUUUUCUGUAAACCAAUCGGAUGAAUUGUAGGCGUCUAAUUUUUUGGUGAUGUAUUGAUGCUGAUGCGAUUUCAAACCAAAUUUAUAACCAUUCGAAAAAAAAAUCAUCGUUCAAGAAGAGAUGCAGCGGAAAACCCUCGCGCGAUAGUGGGACAAUUGUAAUAGUUAUCCUCAUUUGUGUUUUUCUGUGGUGCUUUGUUUCAGUUUUCUUGUGUCCAUUGUCAUUGAAUUCGUUCAAUAUGAAGGUGAAUAAACAAAUUUUCCAGCAUAACGCUUGCAUUAAAAAAUGGACAAUUUCAGAUGGCGAUAAAAAACUAUAAAAGAGAUAAUUAAAUGCGACUAAUUUUGCAUGAAACAACAUUUUAUUGACCAGGUUACAAGAAUAUUUCGACGCCCUAUCGGACGAUCUCCUGGCAGUUGGCCAACACUUUCGUCAUUGAUGUCGAAAACAUACUUGUUGGCGUGUUUUUCAGUUCUUACUUUGCUUUUUUCUCCUCCGUUUUCGCCACGAAAUUGUUGGAGUAGACCCUUCGCUACAUGUAUGCCCAGAAAUCAUCGAUGGGACGCAGCAGGAGGACGUUCGGGGAUUGGCGGACUUCGGAACAACAUCUCUUUUUAAGCAGCUCAUCUCCUCCAGCGAUGUCUUCGCGUAAUAAGCGGAGGUCAGGUCCGGCCAAAAUACCACAUCCUUGUCCCGAUUUUUUUUUUGGACUUACAUUUCCUCAUGAUGAUGUCCAUCUCCGCUAGGUAUUUCCUCUCGUCCCAAAGCCCGGAACGAUGUAUCCAACUUUCUUUCCGUCUUCUGCUUUAGCUUCAGCUUCAUAGAUACCGGAACGGGUGUAUCCGACGGAUUCAAAGUUCUUGACAAUGUCCACUUCUUCACAACGGGAUGGAGCUCCCAAUACACACAAACUAUGGUGCGCAGUUGCUUUACUGUUUUCGCCAUAACUUCCGAAGUCAACUAAUUCAUUUAUUUACAAUGAUGGUACAUUCCAUGCAGAGAUUGGAACGUAUCCACAACUUUGUUCCGCAAAUGAACUCGGUUCAUAGCUGCAGUUCCCCAACUCACCGAUUUUUGCCAAGUCCUGUUCCACCUGGUACAACCACCUCGCUGGGCUUCUUGUUCCCACCGGAUUCGAUAUGAACACCAUCUUCGCAGAACUACUGUCUGACAAUCUUGCAACAUGCCUUGCCCAUCGCACUCGUCCAGCCUUGAGGACUUUCUGGAUUCUGAGCACUCGGCGUUCGAAAACACCAAGUGCUUGCGAGUCCUCUUCGGACAUCGUCCUUGCUUCGUACCCAUUGAGAUGAACCGGUCGAAUCCGGGAUUUGUAGAUGGUACACUUGUGCUCCCGUGGCCGAGUGGUUAGCGUCAUAACUAACAUGCCGGGUGUUCGGGUUCGAUUCCCGUUCUGGUCAGGGGAAUUUUUCGUCAAAGAAAUUUCCUCCGACAUGCACUGUGAUCACGCGUAUUCUAGAGCUUGCCACUCAGAAUGCAUUCAAGGCGUGUUAUUUGGCAUAGAAAUCUCAACUAAGUACUAAUAAAAAUGACGUAAGUAAUACUACGUUGAGACGGCGAAGUUCCUCUAGGAACGUUAGUGCCAUUGAAGAAGGAGAAGAAGAAGAUGGUACACUUUGUACGAGGUGAGAGUUUGUUGGACAUUAAGGAUUUGCAGAGCCCACGACUCCCGUUGACUAUGCGUCUUCGAAUUUCACGGCUAUUGUUGUUGUCAGUUGUUAUCAACAAACCAAGGUAGACAAAAUCUUCUAUCACCUCGAGCUCGUCGCCGUUGUGGCUUUCAAAUUUGUGCUGAUCACGCUUGACGUUAGAGGCACCAAAUGUGGCUGCAGCUCAGCGUAGUACGAAAGUUUUCUGACGGAGCCACCAAAUGUGGCUGCCAACGUGCGCUAGUGCGCGAAUGAGAAAAGGGGAAAAGCCCUUUACUGGACGCUUUUCGGAAGGCCAGAUCACGUAGAUCAUAUAACAAUUAUGCUGGUGUGAUUCGGUAGUACCGCGUCACUUGGAGGUUUUGGCCGAGCGGUGCCAGGUAGGGAAAAAGAGUGGAGAGAGGUAGAGAGGAUUGUCAGAAUUUUCCGAAUUCUGGUUCUUUUUCCUGUUGGUCCUUCUUGUUUCUUCCUGGUUCCUGUGGUCUCCCUUAGACCCCUCAUAACCUGUUCCUUAGGAUGUGAUAUUGAAUGGUGGUACUACUCGGUUGAGUGUAAGUCUGAGAGUCAUUUAUUCAGUCAAAGUUCAAGCCUUUUAUACACGAAUUUUCCCUAUAUUGCCUCCUUGUGAUGUCUUCUCUACGCCAGAAGGGAACGAUGAUAAGAUCUCUGCUUAUUUAUUGCACCCGUCUGGUAAUCUAAAAAUAUCAAUGAUAUUUGUUAAGCCCAUUUAUUGGACUUCAGUGAGCUAUUUUGGGAUUUCUCCCGUCCUUCGUUAAUGUAUUUCCCUGCACAUUUAUGAUGGAACGCGGUCUAACCGCACACUCUAUCGCUAUGCAAUGAAUCACGCUUGCAAACAGUGAUCCUUGCGACGACAGCCGUCGAUCACAACACUACUACCAAGAAGAAUUCUGUUACGAUCAGUCUUUCCUGAUAGCAUGUAUUUAGUCUUAGACGCAUUGCACCCAAUCCUAAUCAGUUCUGCUUCGUGUUACAGUCGGGUAUACAAGUACGCUACCGUCGCGUAUGUUCUUCCAAUCAUAUGCACGACGCCGGCGAAGCAGAUAAACUGGCUAGACUCGUUGAAUAUCGAGCCCCGCUUGUUGAAGCCCGCUCUCCGCAUGACAGUCGUCGGUCGAUUGUAUCAUUUGAAUUCGACGAAGAUGUGGGGCGUUGGGACCUGAUACUCGAUAACCUCGCGUUCGUUCAUCAAGAUGCCUUCUUCCUUGUUCCUGCACAUUUCGGUCCGCGGCACAAAGCCCAUGUGCGAGGCGUACAGUUUCUUGGAGAACUUUCGCGAUUCUUGAAGAACUUUCGCGAUUCUUGAGCGGCUUUUUUGCCCGAAAGAGAUGUAUUUGCUGCCAUCACUUCGGUCGGUAUCGUUCCACGUUCUGUCGAGUCGCUCGUUGCAUACCUCUCGUUCAGAAACGCUCGGCACUUGUCGUCAAACCAUUCGUUCCGUUGUCAUCGCUGUUCCUUUACGAUGACGGUCUCUGCUGUACUGACAAUUGCUGCUUUCAAGGUGUUCCAGCAUUUAUCGAGGGGAGUAGCAUCCAGUUCGUCUACCCCCGGUAACGCAGCUUAAAGACGCUGCGAGUAUAUUGCAGCAACGUUCGGCUCCUGCAGUCGCGCUGAACCUACCAAUUACCGGUCUGAACUCCUCCUCUUGGCCGACCUGUUUGGUGUCGUGUUUGGGCAGCGAUCGAUUCAAGCUCUAGCUGCGCGUAGAAUUCUUCUUUAUCGUCAUCGGUGAUAGCUAGAUGGGGGCUGUGAUCGUUGAUAAUGCUGAUGUUGUAGAAAUGGCCUCACACCCUUAGUAUGCACAUUCUUUUGUUAAUUGGCUACCAUCCAAUCACCCGCUUCUGCAACUCCCCCAUCAUGAUGAUAGCUGUACCCAGCUUGUGUGUAUUGCCGCAAUCGGUGAACAAACGCUCGGAUACAUCCCCUUCCCUGUCAGCAUACGAUCAAGCUCCCACCGGAGUUGGUUAUCCGAUCUUCACUAUGGUCACUCGUACCCUAGUCAGCACAGCGGGGAGGUAGGGAUAGGAGUUACUGGACAGAAAGCUAUGAAUCACGAAUGGGCUCUAUUUUAUGCCUUCAGGUUCGCGAAGUUCGAUGGUCGCUUGGUCCAGUCGUCUACCAACCAUCGCAGUUCAACUGAUAGCGUCGUUAAAUUUUGUUUGAAAACUCAUGGGUUACUAUGAUUGACGAUGCACAAGUAGUCUCUUCACCAGAUAUUAAGAUGGAAAGUUGGUAAUAUUUGUCCAUUUUUUCAUGCAAGCGUUAGUGUAAUUUUAUUCUCAGCAUUUCAGAGGUAUUCGAUAUAUAUUCCGAUUAAUUUAUGCUUUGUUAUAUGGAUGUACUGUUGCUCCUGCGAGUAGGGUUUUCAUUCUAUGUGAACUGCUAUUGGAUGCAGAAUCUUCAGUUUCUAUAAUUUCUUGAAUAGAACGCUCAUUCUCCUCGGGGAACGAACGAACGUGAUGAAUUAUAAAGGUUUUAAACUUUUCAGUUCAUUCGCCUCUAUCACCUUGGAGAUUUUAUCCGAAAUCACAAAACCAUCUUGUCAUUAUUUUGUGAGAAUGUUGUUUGGUGUACGCUUAUGAAAUCUAUUUCGAUUUUUCGGUCUUUUUCGACGCUAUUGUGUGAAGGUUAUGUGGAGAGUUCCCUGUCUGAUGAUGAAAACAGUUAUUUCGGAUUUUUUUAUCUAUUUUCCAACAUAAUCUCCAUCAAAAGUAAUACAUUCUUCAUAAUGUCUCUCUACUGUAGUAAUGCCAUUUUCAGUAAGCUGGACAAUUUGACUUCAAAAACAUAUGUUGCUAUUGAUGGAACAUGUUCCCCACAUACUGGGCACAACGCAAUAAUACUAAUUUUCAAAGGGAGGCUUUCAUAGAUUGUUAUUACAAGAUAAUCCGAUGGGAUUUAAUGUUAUUUGGUAACCACUUUGAAAAUAUUUGUACAUCCAGUGUAAACAUUUGACUUGUGUGUAAGUUAACAUAACACCGUUAUAAAGUCAAUUAUUAAAACAGAGCACAACACACAAUUUUUGCAACCACAUACAUACAAUCGCAUCUUCAUCACUAAAUUAAACUGAACGUCAUCCGAAACAGAAAAAAAAUCAAUAGAAUCAAAACAGUUAUAUUUUGCUAUACAAAAAUGAUGAAUACACACAGUGUAUAACAACAAGUUAGUAGAGCUGCAACACUAUCAAAAACAAAACUAAACUCUGUAUCAUGCUAACAAUAGUGAUUGCUUGUAAGUGAAUGACGAAUGUUUACAAAGUGUGACAAGGCAUGAGACGGACGAACAUUAUAAUCUUUUCCGAACGCGACUCAUAGAAAUGACAUACACAAUAAUGUCGGUACCAAAAUAAAUGUAAAAAAAUAAACAGCGUGCGUAGAUAUGACUAGCUAGUUGCUCCCAUGAAGAAAAAAAAAUCAUAAGAGAGAGAUGGCGGUUUCUGAACAGCAGUAGUCUACAAAGGACCAAGCAAGUGGCAAAAAAUUAGGUUGGCUUUUUCGCGUGUACUGACUUUUUGUCGUGUAUUUUUAAUUAUGAUUCGUUUUACAUUCCCUAUGCGUGUAGGUAAAAAUACGUUGAAAAAUUCGUGAUAACAAAAAAUAGCAAGCAACAACUGGAAGCAGGAUAAAGUCGAAAAGUAGUUACUUCAUUAAAACAAAAAAUCUAUAUACAGCCCAGUAUUAAAAAUGGGAAGCUUUCUAUGCUCAAAGCAAGAUAUGUGAAGAUCACAAUGUUGUUGUUACGAGCGUCAAAUCGAGGUCAAAUGUUUGGGCUAUUAGUAUUUGAUAAAAAAAAAAGUGAUGACGCCUGAAAUGCCCCUAAACUUUCAUCAAGUCGCGAAACACCUAGCGCUGUUUCUGGCAAUACAGACAUAAGGUAGAAAUAGUUUAUUUUUGAAUGAACGGAUUACUGCUAUAAAUACUACCAACCAAUAAUUCGCUAACAUUAUUCCCAAAUAAUAAAUGUACAAAUAUAUCAUUUUAAGAUUUAUGUUUAUAACAAAAAAAUAUUGAAGAGAUAAUGUUGAGUAUAAGUUUCUUUAAAAAUAUAGAGCGCUAAGUUAUAAAUGAUAAGGAUAACCAUAUAGUAAAUAAUAACCAUAAUAUUUGCUGAAACAAAUUAUUUAACAGAAGCAUUUGUGGUGAAGUGCAACCACACGGUUAGGACGAUGCUGUCCCGCUAAAAGACGACGAAUUCAGCCCAACUGAAGGUUACUGACACACAAGCUUUUGUGUGAGCUUUGAACGUCAAUAGAUUACUACUGAUGAUACUAUAGUGUGGGGCUACUUUGGACACUUUUUUUCAGAUUUGCCCAGAUUUAUAUCUCAAAUAUGAAGAGUUUCAAAUAUUUUUAUAUAUAAUAUACCUCCUAAAACCCGUAGCUAGGAACCGGCUAGUGGGAAGCGUUCUAGCGCCCUUAAAAGUUCACUGAUUGUCACAUUCGUAAAAUAAUUAACGAGAGGCCCCGUACCACCAUCAUCUCGCAAGUUCUGCGAGGGAAAUCUCUAUGUUUUUGACACAAUCAAGAUCUUCCCUAGGCCUCGAGGCAUUUCGACAGUUUAUUACCGCGAAUUAUUUGUCUUCUUAUAGUUCGCACCAUUUCAUCAUUGUUAAAUUUGAAGUCGUUGUCCCCUGAAUUGUACGUCUCUCUCGUCGUCUCUAAUCUUCUCGGUUCAUUCGCUUUCCACCUGAUAGAACCAUCUUGUUGAGAACCAUUUUCAUCGCGUUGUUGACUGACAUUCUUGCCCGAUUUUCGCUGAGCGCAUAAUGGGUGGUCCUCCCAACAGUUAAUGCAGUUCGUCUUCUUCACGUCCCUUCUUCCAUCUAAAGGGUGUUCCACAUUAAAUUGCACCACGGAAAAAACGCUGUAGAAAAUUACUUAGUUGACCGAUCCUUUUCAAACUUUCAGACAUUAGUAAGCUUUUGGCAUAUUUAUAUCAUUAAACUUCAAUACCAUAACUGUACGCUCGCAGCUUGCGCUUAUCUCUACUCAUAAGGUUCUGUACAACAUCUUGGUGCAGCUUCUUCUGUGCAGAAAUCCACUUUUUCUUCAUGUCUUCCUCAUAUUUGUCUUCCUUGCUUCCGAGUGCCUGCUUCAUAAUAGCCCAGUAUAUUUCGAUUGGUCUUAGUUCCGGUGCGCUGGGGGGUUCAUGUCCCUGGGUACUAAAGUGACCUCGUUAGCUUUGUACCACCCCAGGACAUCCUUUAAAUAGUGGCACGAAGCUAGAUCCAGCCAGAAGAUCGUAGGGGCCUCGUGUUUCUUCAACAGACGAAGCACACGCUUUUGUAGACACUCUGUGAGGCAGAUCUGCAUGUUCACAGUCCCGUUAGUCACGAACGGUCACGAACACCGUUUGCCACAUGAGCAGAUCAUGUAUCUCUUGGCAAACUUUGAAAAUUUCUGCUUCAUUACUUCCUCCGAAACAUCACACUUGUGCUGGGCGGCGAAGAACAGUAACCCCGGAAGCUGUCGGAAGUCCGCCUUAACGUAAGUCUCAUCAUCCAUGAUGAGACAAUAAGGCUUCGUCAGCAUCUGGGUGUACAGGGCCCGUGACUUUCCCACCGUAUUUUGCCGAUCGUUACGAUUUGGAUCCUUCUGCGCUUUGUACACAUGCAGUCCCUCCUGAUCCAUGGCUCUCUGAAUGAUUUGGACAUAUUCAACUUUUGGCAAUAUCCCUGACCGAAGCAAUGGGAUUCCGCUUAAACGUUUUCACGACACGCUUGUUAUCCUGAUCACUAAUAGAACAUCCAUUCAUACCACAUUUCUCCUUCCGCUCGAUGCUCAAUGUUUCAUUUAAUCACAAGACACACAGUUGACUGCACGAUUCUGAGUUGUUUUCCGAUGUCCGAUGUCGAUAUCUUCUUUCUGACCGUCAUAUUGUACCUCCCAAGUCCAUGGGAUGUGCUAUUGGUUCAAGUCGACGUGAACAUCUGGCUUGGUACAAAUGCAAGAUUUCGUAGUGUGCUUGCUACUCUCCUUAUGGUUUGCUACUGUUAGUAAUCGUUGUAGCCACUCGAGUUUAAAUAAGUUACCUUUUUAUUUUUCUGCUUCUCACAAACACAUUUUGUGUUCACAUGGUUAUCUUCGGGGCCACAGAGGUUGACACAGUUCUUUGUGGGGACCGUGUUUAGAGCUGAAUCAGCGUAAGUCAUUGGUGUUGUGCCUACCCCUAGUACCUAGUGCCUAGACGUAUACCGAACGUACCCGAAACCGCAUGUCAUUUCAGGAAGGUGUCUCACCCGAUCUUCACUGUGAUCACUCGUACCCCAGUCAAAAUCACGGGGAAGUAGGGAUAAGAGUUAUUAGACGAGAAGCCAAUGAACGAAUGAGGUCUUUGUUGUGCCCAAUUGGUACCGAUGGGUAUGCUUGGUCCAGUCGUUUACCAGCCAAUCAUUCAAAAAUCAGCACAACUGCAGCUGAAAUGUGAUAGUGUUUGUGACAAUGUUUAUUAACUUACCUUAGUUUAUGAAUGGUGCCAACAGUGCAUAAGGGGCCAACGUUACGAUGAAUGGUAAUGGCAUUUGAAGCAGCCCAUGCAAAACGGUGCCGAGAGUAUUACUUCAUAAAAAUACCCAUGAUAUUAUAUAAAUUCAAAAAGCAUUUCUGUUAGAAAACAAAUGUAUCAAAAGCAGCCCCGAGUGUCAAGGGUAGCCCCAAACAACGGCAUCGAAUAAUUUACACUCUCCAGUGCUACAUUUCCAUAGUUCAGCUUGAUUCGGGAUUGCAACCUUGGAAUAUUUUUUGUUCUCUUCAGUUACACACCUUUUAUAAGAUUGUUUUUGAUUUGAUUUUAUUUCAAAGGACGAAAAACAGGGCGAAUUUCAAUCCUGCUAGGUGAUUAAAAUCCGUUAAAAGAUCUAUUCUUAGAAGAGACAAAUCCUCUUCACAUCAAAGGAACGGUAAAAAGGGGCAAUGUGAUAUUCCAACUUGCGAGGACAUAACUUCGAACUCCAACAAAUGCUUUGUUGGCUUUCUGAUUCGUGGACGUUACGUUCAGUGCGAAUGGGGCUUAACGCAUCAUUUAUAUUACUACAGUCUGGAAAGCAAUUGUAACGGAGUAUUUAACUUCUGUUUAGAUGUACUGUUUUGUUUUUGUUUCGCUAUCGAUUAUUAUAUUUGUUUCUUGUAUGUCAAUCAUUAUUUUAAUUUCUUGAACGUUUUAUUUAUUUAUUUUCUGUUCUAAAAGCUCCGAAAAUCCAUCCAGCUGAGAAAACCUUUUCUGUUGAUUUCUUCUUAAUUUCUUCGUAUAAUCUAUCUAGUUGAGAACAGUAGACUUCUGAGUUAAUCGUAAGACCAUGUGAUAACACCUCAUAAUAUACGAUUUCCAAUACUACCAUAUCAAUAGCACCAUUUUAUUUGGUGCAAUCCAGGCUUUGAAGAGGUUUGAGGUGGUUCGCUGCGCUUACCCCUUGAUCUUUUGUGAACGAUCUUCCUAUCUUUUACCCAUUUUCUGAAAUGAACAGAUUUUUUUUGCAUUUCAGUAGUUCUUCGCUGAUGGGAACUCGGAUAUUCCAGUUCCUUGGGCUACCUCCUGAUAGCUUGUAUGCCGGUCUUGCGCGAUCAGUUUCAAUAAUUUGACUUUUUCAGUGAUUUCAGCGAUUGGCGAGUUCGAUCUUUGGUCAUGUUUAUAUCAGUCUCUCCACAAUGAAAUCGCACAAACCACUCCUGAAUACUGCGUUCACCCAAAUCAUCCAUGUCGUAAGCUUCACAAACUUUCAUUCAUGUGUCUGCUGUGCAUUUAUCGAGCAAUGUUUCUUCAGAAGUUUCACUCAUUUUCAAACCAAUGUAUUGGGUUUGCAACGGAACGAAUUAAUUUUUUUUUAGCAUGAAAACACGUUUAAUUGAAUAAUAAAAUGAAUUAAUUUAUUCAAAAUUAUUGAAUCCGGUCAAAUUUUGAUACCCUGUUCUAAAGUAAAGCGUAUUCCACUCAAAGCGUUCUGCAUCGAUCUCAACAAAUGGUAGCCGAGAGGAACAAGGUCUGUAUUAUAAAGUGGGUGGACCAGAAUUUCCCAUCCACUAUUCUCCGCUAUAGUUUCUAACUCGACCAGCAACACGAGGUCGAGCGUUGUCAUGAUGGCGUAUUAUCCAUUAGGUCACAUAAUCUGGAAGUUUUCCGACAAUAGCUCGUUUUCAACGGAUCAAUUGUUGUCUGUGGAAGUCUCCAUUGAUCGUUUGAACAGGUUUAGCAGCUCAUAGAUCACACCUAUUUGAUUCCACCAAAUACUACCGUGGAUAUUCGGCUUCGGCGUUGAUGUUCUUGGUUGGCCAGGCUUUACACACGAUCUUUUGCGUUUUGGAUUGUCGUAGUGAAUCCAUUUUUGGUUCCUGGUAACGAUUCGAAAUAGCUUGUAGAGUCAAUUCCAAUGAUUAUGUAAGAUCUGUUUGUGUUUGACACAAAUUUUGAUCGAGUAAUGUCUCUAAUUUUUCAUCUUCAAACUUCACCACUUUUAAAUAGUGCAAACCAUUCUCUACAAAAUUUAUCCACAGUGCAGAGUUACCAUGAACUUCCACGAGCGCUCGAGGCGCUUCAGCUGCACUUUUCUUCCAAUGGAAAUCAAAACAUCCCGCAAAUGAUGCAACGAAACUCGACAUUUUUAACGCAGUAAAAAUUGAACUUGUUGUGCAAAACUUGUAAAGACUUGUAAACGGCAUUUGGUUGACAGAUGUCGACAAUUUAGCAAAAAUCAGCUAUCGCCAUCGGCUAUUUAUAGCAACUUGUGCCAUCUUGUGGAAACGGAACGAAUUAAAUAGCACACCCAAUAGAUAAGCAAAUUUCGCUAAUUAAAUAAUAUUUCAAUCUUAUAUGUUUUUUCAACUUUCCGAUCAUUUUUUAGAACUUUUUUGGUAUAUAAUCCUGACGCAGAUCAAGACGCAUCAAACCUUAAUGAUUAUCCAAAUCCGUUGAUCCGUCCUCGAGUUAAAUUUUGACAUACAGAUACCAAACCAUUUUCAUUUAUAUAGAUGAGAAAGAAUCGCUAACUAAAUAAAUAGAGAACAUUGUAAUUUCAUGUUUUCCGAUUGAUUGAUUUUUUUAAAUUUUCUUGGCAUAUAAACCUGAUGCAGAUCAAAAUGCAUCAAACCUUUAUUAUAAAUUAUAUUGUGAUAAUGUAAUGUAAUAUUAUCAGGGUAUUGGAAAAGUUUUUACCCAUCUGUGUGUUGGUAGUUCCGUGCGAUCGAGAGCAUGAUGGGUGCAUCCAAUGAGUGGCCUGCGUAAGAGAGGUGCUUACGAUAGCGCGCAUGAAGACUGCAUGCGAUGCUCUCACCGAAUAGUGGAAUGUAAAGGCGCGUCCACAUUAUGCCGAAUGAUGCCGAUCGGCCUGUACCAUCCGGCAUAUUCGGUUCGUUAUGUAAUGUGGACGCCACAUCGGGUGCACGAAGCCGAAGCCCCAUCGGAUGUACGAAGCCGUCACGAACACACGUCGUCACAAUUCACAAUGCCGGAUGGCACAAUGUCGUCAACACCAAUUUUUAUUCGUUUUGUUUUGAUUCGACUUUCUCGAACCGGACCCACUUGUUUCGGGUUGGGUUCGGUUUGUCUUGAGUCGGUUUUCGGCACGUCGGCAAGCCCGGGCGAUACGUUCACAUUUAGUUGGCUUUACCGGACGGCCAAGGUCGCUCGGCGUAAUGUGGACGCGUCUUAAGACGGAGCACAGUCUCGUUAGCUUGCGUGACAGUCUCGUGCAUAAGAUAGGUCACCGAGUGACCUGCGUAUGCUACCGAUAGCUCACAUGAUGGAUGGAUGCGUUGCGGUCACAGAGUGGCCUGCGCAGAAGAGGUACAUGAUAACCUUAUAUGGUAACUAGUUUUGAUAUCUAGCAACACACCUGCUUUUUUGAGCACGAAAAAAAAACAUUUCAUUUUGGAGUCAUUUUCGUGUUAACAACUCCCAAUUUAAUGCGUCAAGAGCAAAUUUCCCGAAAAGUCAUUGAAAAACAGUCAAUUUGUUGAUGUUUUCAAUGCAUAUGAACUGUUUAGCACCCGAUGAGUCUGAUCAUGAGUUUUACAAGUUGUUUUUCUUGAAACUAGUUGUUUCUAUUUCUGUUCAAUUUGAUGGUAGCUCUUCUAACGCCUGCAUAAAAAAUAAACAAUUCUCGGAUGGUGAUAAAAAACUUCUUCUUCUUCUUGAAUGGCGUUAACGUUCCCUGUGGAACUUUUGCCGUCUCAACGUAUUCAUUAACUAGCGUCGUUCAUUAAUACUUGGUUGAGAUUUCUAUGCCGAAUAACACGCCUUGAAUGUACUCUAAAGUGGCAAGCUCUAGAAUACGCGUGACCACAGUGCAAGCCGGAAGAAUUUUCUUUGAUGAAAAAUCCCCCAACCAGAACGGGAAUCGAACCCGAACACCCGGCAUGAUAGUGUGGGACGCUAACCACUCGGCCACGGGUGCACAUGAUAAAAAACUACAAAAGAUAAUUUAACUGUACAAAUUUCCCAUAAAACAUAAUUUUAUUGACCAUGUUAGAAAAAUAUUUCGACGCCCUGUUUGGCGUCCUUCCGGUUAUUGAUCGGAACAUUCAUCAUUGCAUGUUUUUCAGUUCUUUCUUAGCUUUAUUUAUUAGUUCCUCCUCCGGUUUCGCCACGAAAUUAUUGGAGUAGACCCUCCGCUCUUCGGGUUUGCUCAGAAAUUCUCGAUGGGACGCAGCGGGUGAACUUUCGGAGAGUUGAAGGAGGCAUCUUCUGGCAGACACUUUGUGCUGUAAAUCUCCAAGUUGACCGCAAGGCCCGAACGCAAGAAGAACGGCUUUGACAUCUUUACGCUGAUGGUUAGCCACAGAAGCACCUUCCUUGGGAAUUUGGUGUGGAAGAUGUACUUCAAGUCGGAAGUUACCUCCUCGGUAGGGGACGUAAAAUACCUGGUUCCCUGACAGUCGUUGCCAUCCAGCGUUAAAUACGCUUAGCCUGCUUCAGUUUCAGCUGCAGUUUACGACCGCGUAGCACCGUCGGACGACAGGCUUCCGUUCAAUGCUCUCAUUUUUUUCCAAAAGUGUAAAGAUAUUAUAAAGGGUGUGUCACAUCAAAUUGCAUCACGGAAAAAACGCUGUAGAAAUUCGCCCAGUAGACCGAUCCUUUUGAAAAUUUUAGACAGUAAAAUAAAAACUAUUAAACAACUUUUGGCAUUUUCUUUUUAUUCAUACUUCGAGCCCAAGCCCGUAUGCUCGCACCUUCCUCUUUACCCCGUCCAUAAGGCUCUGUACAACGUCAGGUUGUAGUUUUUUUUGAACAGGAAUCCAUUCUCUUGAAGUCCGCCUCCGAUUUGACAACUUUUGGGUUCUUCCGGCCAGAAGAUGGUCGGGCCCUCGUGCUGCUUCAAUAGUGGUAGUAAGCGCUUCUGUAGGCACUCCUUAAGGUAAACCUGCCCGUUUACCGUGCCGGUCAUCACGAAGGGGCGCUCCGCUUUCCGUAAGAGCAGAUCGCUUGCCACACCAUGUACUUUUUGGCAAACUUGGAUAGUUUCUGCUUGCGAAUCUCCUCCGGAACGCUGAAUUUGUCCUCUGCGGAGAAGAACAACAGGCCCGGCAGCUGACGAAAGUCCGCUUUGACGUAGGUUUCGUCGUCCAUUACCAGGCAAUGCGGCUUCGUCAGCAUUUCGGUGUACAGCUUCCGGGCUCGCGUCUUCCCCACCAUGUUUUGCCUUUCGUCGCGGUUAGGAGCCUUCUGAACCUUGUAUGUACGCAGGCCCUCCCGCUGCUUGGUCCGCUGGACGAAUGAACUUGACAAAUUCAGCUUAUUGGCGACAUCCCGGACCGAACUUCUCGGAUCACCUCUAAACUGCUUAACUACGCGCUUGUGAUCUUUUUCACUGACGGAGCAUCCAUUUUUGCCGUUCGUUACCUUCCGGUCGAUGGUUAGGUUCUCGAAGUAUCAUUUUAGUACUUUGCUGACCGUGGAUUGGACGAUUCCCAGCAUCUUACCGAUGUCCCGAUGUGACAACUCCGGAUUCUCGAAAUGAGUGCACAGGAUUAAUUCACGACGCUCUUUUUCGUUCGACGACAUUUUUCCAAAUUUACGAAAAAUUUACAGUGAAGCAUGGCCAACGUGAUCUAUACACUCUUAUCUGAUUAUAAGCGAAAGCUGAAGAUAUAAUUCCUAAAAAUCAAAUUUCUACAGCGUUUUUUCCGUGAUGCAAUUUGAUGUGACACACCCUUUAGAUACCGGAACGGGCGUAUCCGGCGGGCUCAAAGUACUUGAAGAUUUCCACUCCCAAUACGCACAAACCAUGGAGCGCAGUCGCUUUACUGUUUUCGCCAUAACUUCCAGUUUAACUAAUUGCGCUGUCAAUUUUUUUUUUUUAGAAAACUUAUUGGCUAUGACUGACGAUGCACAGGUGGACUCAUUUUCAGGUGUUAAGAUAAACGCAUGAAAAAUUGGUAAAAUUUGGCCAUUUUUUUUAUGCAAACGUUAUUUUGUUUCUUUUAUCGUCAUAUUUGUCGAUUUUAGUAUUUUCGAAGCUUUCAUGAUGGCAUUUAAUAUUCGAAGAAUAGAAUUAUGAUUUAUAACAAAAUCUUCGUCGAAUGGAUAUUAGAGUGGCAAUGGAUCGAUCGGAGUAAGCCUGAGUGGCAAUGAAAGUAUAGAAAAAAAUGAUUAUCGAUUUCAAAGAAUCGGCCAUGUACAUUUUGUUUAUUGGCCCAAAAAAAUGACCUGUGCAAAAUUUCAGCUCAAUCGGACAAGAUUUUGGGUGCCUCAAAGCACUCAGAGUUUAGAUUUUUUGGUCACUCAGGCUAAGUCCCAAAAGGUCGAUUUUCUUCCGAAUUUUUUUUUCGAGAUAACGCCAGAUCUCAACGUUUUAUGCAUUUUUAAUUCAUUUGGCAUCGAAGAAAAAAUUUCGAUUUUCCAAAUUUCCUUUACUCCCCCAUUGGAAGAUUUUCGUGGAUCAAAAAAUCAAAACUUCGAGAGCUUCGAGGCACCCCUAAAUCUUGUCCGUUUGAGCUAAAAUUCUGCACAGGUCAUUUUUUCGGGGCAAUAAACAAAAUGUACAUGGUCGGAUCUUUAAAUUCGAUAAUUCUUUUUGCUUUCAUACGUUCAUUUGCCACUCAGGCAAAGUCUCAAAAAGUUUAUUCAUUUCGGCCAAAAAAUUUUUUUUCGAGAUGACACCAGAUCUCGACGUUUCAUGCAUUUUUAAUCAUUUGGCAUCGAAAAAAAAUUUCGAUUUUCCAAAUUUCCUUCAUCCCCCCCCUUGGAAGAUUUUCGAGAAGCAAAAAAACUUUGAGCGCAUUGAGGCACCCCUAAAUCUGUCCGAUUGAGCUGAAACUUUGCACAGGUCAUUUUUGUUGGGCCAAUAAACAAAAUGUACAUGGUCGGUUUUUGAAAUUUGUCAUGACUAUUUUCGCUGCCACCCUAUUGGAUACCUACCUUAUUAUUUUUAUUUUUGUGUAUCGUAGUUCAAGUUUCCCAAAUGUAUCAAAAGUGCUAUCUUUUGCGAGAAAGCUUCGCCCCCGAAGCAAGCACGAUCUGUGAACACUGGUUAAUUAUUAAAUCUAAAUUACGACGUCUAAAGGUAAUGUUAUAUUAUCAGGCACGUAGCGUAACCGGCACGGCACGUUUCAUGCAAGACAAAUAUUAUUGCGUGUGUUUCAAAUGUGUAUGCGUAUAUAUAGCGGAACGGCUCCGGGCAUACACAGCACGCUUCAGACAAAUGCAUGAAGGAAUUCUCGAAAAGAAUAUUUUGCCGGUGCCGGGCACGAACUACAUGGGCGAGUAGCACCAUACAUACAAACCCAACGUCGAAGUUCGUGGUGUGGGUGCGUUCGUCGCUCUUCGGUACAACAUCGGUUCAAUCACCAGUAGCAUUUCUCCGCUCCGUCUGCGCUGCCGGUCCGUACAGAGAAGUUGCUAUGCCUGAUGAUAUGAAUACAUCAUGUAUUUGUCUGCCGGUGUCGGUACGUGCCGUUUACGCUACGUGCCUGAUAAUAUAAAACGGCCUUAACGCGCUUCGUUACGAAUAAUACGAAAAUUGCUGAACCCUAUCCCCAUCGUUCUCCCAUCUAUACUGAUAAAGUGAUAUUCAGAAUGCUUCCAGCAUUCCCCUGCUCGCCCAACAGUAAACGAGAAAAAUUUAAACAAUUACGAGGAAAAGUGUGACAAUGAGUCGCUGGUUAAAAAAAAAAGCCGGAAUGAUAACAAUUAU